AUUUUCUGUCACAAAAAAAAACAUACACCGAAAAUACAAGUCAUCUAGAUCGAACUUUUAUUUUUUGUGCUAAACAAUUCAAUUUCUCCAUUUUUCAUCCAAAAAAAUAAUAUUAAAAAAAAAUUAUGGCUGCAACAUUAGAAGAUAAAUCAAUUUGGGAAGAUGGUGAAGAGUCCUUAGGUGAAGAAGUCCUCCGUAUGUCGACCGAUGAAAUUGUUAGUCGUACUCGAUUAAUGGACAAUGAAAUAAAAAUUAUGAAAAGUGAGGUUAUGCGUAUUACUCACGAAAUCCAAACUCAAAAUGAAAAAAUUAAAGAUAAUACGGAAAAAAUUAAAGUCAAUAAAACUCUUCCAUAUUUAGUUUCAAAUGUUAUUGAACUUUUGGAUGUUGAUCCACAAGAAGAGGAAGAUGACGGAGCUGUCUUGGUUCUAGACAACCAGCGCAAGGGCAAAUGUGCCGUCAUUAAGACCUCCACCCGACAAGCAUACUUUUUGCCUGUCAUUGGUCUUGUUGAUGCCGAAAAACUCAAACCCGGCGACUUGGUUGGGGUAAAUAAAGAUUCUUAUUUGAUUUUAGAGACUUUGCCAGCCGAGUACGAUGCCAGGGUUAAGGCAAUGGAAGUCGAUGAAAGACCAACCGAACAAUACUCUGAUAUCGGUGGUUUGGAUAAACAAAUCCAAGAACUGAUUGAAGCAGUCGUAUUGCCAAUGACGCAUAAAGAUAAAUUCAAGAAUCUGGGAAUUCAUCCUCCAAAAGGUGUUCUGUUGUAUGGACCACCUGGAACUGGAAAGACUUUGUUGGCAAGAGCUUGUGCUGCCCAAACAAAGUCGACUUUCCUCAAAUUGGCUGGUCCUCAGUUGGUCCAGAUGUUUAUUGGUGAUGGCGCCAAAUUGGUUCGUGAUGCAUUCGCUUUGGCAAAGGAGAAAUCUCCAGCAAUCAUCUUUAUUGAUGAAUUGGAUGCCAUCGGAACCAAACGUUUCGAUUCAGAAAAAGCUGGUGAUCGUGAAGUACAGCGAACUAUGUUGGAACUCUUGAAUCAGUUGGAUGGAUUCAGUUCAACUGCUGACAUUAAAGUAAUUGCUGCAACAAAUCGUGUUGAUAUUCUCGAUCCAGCUUUGUUGCGUUCUGGACGUCUCGACAGAAAAAUCGAAUUCCCUCAUCCAAAUGAGGAAGCUAGAGCUAGAAUUAUGCAAAUCCAUUCGAGAAAGAUGAAUGUUAGCCCGGAUGUUAAUUUUGAAGAGUUGUCUCGGUCGACUGAUGAUUUUAAUGGCGCCCAAUGUAAAGCUGUUUGUGUGGAAGCGGGUAUGAUUGCUUUAAGGCGAUCAGCUACUUGUGUUACACAUGAAGACUUUAUGGAUGCAAUUAUGGAAGUUCAAGCUAAGAAGAAGGCUAAUUUGAAUUAUUAUGCCUAAGUUUUGGUUUUUUCUAUUUUUUUUUUUAAUAAUUAUGUAUUACUUUAAUAUUUCAUCAUUUGUAAGAACAUUUAUUAACAGAACAUUCUCUUGGCAAAAAAAUUAUAAGCAAAUAAUAAAAAACGUAUUUAAAUAAAAUGAUUGGUUACUUAAA